GUGUGUUUUUCCUGCUUUUGCUAACGUAACUCCUUUCCUUCUCCCUCCCCUGCUUCGCCAAUAGCCACCCGCAGCCACUCCGCGGGCCCGGCGACCCCCUCAGGGGCUCCCGCGGCGGGCGGGCGGCCCGGGGCGGCAGCUGGGGGGGAGCGCGCCCGGCGGCGGGCAGCUCGCGGAGACACACCCGCGGAGCCGCUUUGGAGGUAUGAUUUGCCUGGCGGAGCAGAGCUGCUGCGGCGGCCGACGCCUCCGCGGGUGCUGAAACGGGAUUUUUGUGGUGCGGUUCCCGGGCUCUCAGCUUCAUGACUGCGCGGAGAGGGGAGCCAACACCAUGCGAGCACAAAUUGAAGUGAUACCUUGCAAAAUUUGUGGUGAUAAGUCCUCUGGGAUACACUAUGGAGUCAUCACAUGUGAAGGAUGCAAGGGAUUCUUUCGAAGGAGUCAGCAGAACAAUGCCUCUUACUCCUGCCCAAGGCAGAGAAACUGUUUAAUUGACAGAACUAACAGAAAUCGUUGCCAACACUGCCGACUGCAGAAAUGUCUUGCCCUGGGAAUGUCUCGAGAUGCUGUGAAGUUUGGGAGAAUGUCCAAAAAGCAGAGGGAUAGCUUGUAUGCUGAAGUGCAGAAGCACCAGCAGCGACUGCAGGAACAACGGCAGCAGCAGAGCGGUGAGGCAGAAGCCCUCGCCAGGGUUUACAGCAACAGCAUCAGCAAUGGCUUGAGCAACCUGAAUAAUGAAACUGGCAGCACCUACUCAAAUGGGCACGUCAUCGACCUGCCAAAGUCUGAGGGUUAUUAUAACGUGGAUUCUACCCAGCCUUCCCCAGACCAGUCUGGGUUAGACAUGACUGGAAUCAAACAGAUCAAGCAGGAACCUAUCUAUGACCUCACCUCUGUACCAAACUUGUUUACCUAUAGCUCUUUCAACAACGGGCAAUUAGCAUCCAUGGGGAUAUCCAUGAGUGAAAUAGAUCGAAUUGCACAGAAUAUCAUCAAAUCUCAUUUGGAGACAUGUCAAUAUACAAUGGAGGAGCUGCACCAGCUAGCCUGGCAGACCCACACAUACGAAGAAAUAAAGGUUUACCAGAGCAAGACCAGAGAAGCGCUGUGGCAGCAGUGUGCCAUUCAGAUCACCCAUGCCAUCCAGUACGUGGUGGAGUUUGCAAAGCGCAUAACAGGCUUCAUGGAGCUCUGCCAGAAUGACCAAAUUCUUCUCCUUAAAUCAGGCUGCUUGGAAGUGGUUUUGGUAAGAAUGUGCCGUGCCUUCAACCCACUCAACAAUACUGUUCUGUUUGAAGGAAAGUAUGGAGGGAUGCAGAUGUUUAAAGCCUUGGGUUCUGAUGAUCUGGUGAAUGAAGCAUUUGACUUUGCAAAGAAUUUAUGUUCCUUACAGCUGACUGAGGAGGAAAUUGCCUUGUUUUCAUCUGCUGUUCUGAUAUCACCAGAUCGAGCCUGGUUAAUAGAGCCAAGGAAAGUCCAGAAGCUUCAGGAAAAGAUUUACUUUGCACUUCAACACGUGAUCCAAAAGAACCACCUCGAUGAUGAGACUUUGACAAAGUUAAUAGCCAAGAUACCAACCAUUACUGCACUUUGCAACUUGCACGGAGAGAAACUACAGGUAUUUAAGCAAUCUCAUCCAGACAUAGUGAACACACUGUUUCCUCCAUUAUACAAGGAGCUUUUCAACCCAGAUUCAACCACUGGCUGCAAGUGAAGGGGAUAAUAGAAUUUUCACGUAGUCAUGGAAUGCAUCACUAUUAGGAAAAAAA